AUGAUCAAUGAUUAUUUCAAGUAUCUCUACCCAAUUCCGACAUAUGCAUUUUUGCAUGAAUUUUCCACUCACCAGCAAUUCCAUGAAGGCACCCUUGAUGAAGAUUUGGGACUGUCAAUCGCUGCUGUGACCAAGGAAGUCUUGUCACCGGGCCGAGGCCCCUUGGAUGAGACUCGCCGUUGGAUUUCCAAGGUGGAGAUGAACAUCUGGAAUCAACUGGAGAAGCCAAGUAUUGUUCGCCUACAAUGUCUUCUUCUCGUGAUUCAUUUUUAUAUCCAAAUCGGUCGGUUUUCGCGGGCUUAUAUGCUUGCCGGACUAGCCGCUAGAGGAGCUACUGCUUUACGAUUGAACCACGAGCGGCCCGAGCUGAGUUUCAUAGCCCAAGAGAUACGUCGGCGAGUUCUAUGGACUCUCAGUUCUAUUGACGGUUCGUUCUCUGUCGGUCUUCCUGAAUAUGAAACAAUCCCCCAUGCAGUUAUCUACCAGCGACUCCCAAGCUCAGAAGACGCAUUUCGGGACGGUCGGCCCGCUGCUCCAAUGGUUACACAUUGGCCACGGCUGGAUAGUGAUCCAGCAGCAGGCUGCAAUCUAUUUUCAUCUUGCAUUCGGAUCUCCAAGAUUUCAAAGGACAUCAUGCGGCUUACGCGGCAACUUGCUCUUUCAGAACAGCCACUCGCGCAGUUGAGUGGGCUUGUCCAGGAGAUCCAGAACGACCUGUGGAGACUUCAAGCAGACAUCGAACUUUCCUUUCAGUACCAGGUUGCAUCCCCCGCAUGUGUAGCUCAGAUGAAAAGCUCACGCUGGUUUGUACGCUACCUUCAGAUUUCAAUUACUUGGCACCAGGCCCAUUGUGACCUGUACCGACUUUUCCUUCCAGAUUACAAUGGCGCAGCCCCCACAAUAAUCACCGACUCCAUCGAGCCAAGUCUUAGAGCGCAAGCCGUGGAGAAGUGCCAAGAGCAUGUCCAGAACAUUAAUCUCAUCAUACGUGGAGUUCUAGAUCUGUCCCCGUCCGCCCCUCUCCCACCCUAUGUUGCGGUAUGCGCAUACCAUGCAACCCGGUUGACGUUGUUUCUCCCAUGUGCCCCAGCUCUGAACGUGCGAGUUGAUCUGAAAAGUGCAAUAGAGAGUGCAAACGUGGCACUGACUGUGCUGCGGCGGUUUUUCGCCAGCUCUGCAUCUGCCGGACAUAUUAUCCAAGAUAUGCAACGUCUGGUAGACCUAUCAAGCAGUGCAUGUGGUUCAAUUUACAAAGAACUCUGCUACCCAUUACCACCAUUUGAUCAUGGCCUACAUCGCCACAGCCACCUGGCAGUCCACAGCCUCAUCCGACAGGCUAAUUUUAUUGAUGGAGGCUAUGAAAACUAUGGGGGAACUUUAGUAGGUACUAGAGAAGGUACUAGACCUGAUCCAUUGGUAUGA